CUGCUGUAAGUGUGUGUGAAGUUGUGAAGGAGAGGAAACUCGGAUCUGCUCGAUGUUUUGUUGAAGGAUUUGUGUAACUUUAAUGUGAUGAUGUGAUUUAAAGUGUAAACACAGUGUCUGAGACAUGAAGAGAGGAACAUCUGCAGACCAGGAGGACAUAGUUGGAGCCAUGACCUUCUUUUCUGUUAUCUGCAUCUGUGUGGACAUCGUCUCUGCUCUACUUCAGAUCAGUGUAUCUGGCCCAGUGGGUUCUACAGCUGUCCUGCCCUGUGAACUGACGAGUGUAGACACUGACAUACCGUAUAUUAGAUGGAACACUGAAUCUGAGAUUGUGUUUGAGCGAGAGGGUGUGGAGUCGUAUCCAGCUGGGGGAUAUGAGGGUCGUGUGGACGUUCCUGUGGAGGAGCUGCGUAAGGGGAACUGUUCACUGGUGUUACACAAUCUGACAUUUACUGAUACAGGAGUCUACACCAGCUACCAGACAGUGAGACACACCAAGAGAUCUGUCCGUGUUAGGAGAGGAACAGUCCUGAUCAACAGUGUUAAUCUCUCAGUCUAUGGUGAGUGAGUUAGUGUCAGUAGAACACACACUGAGCGUUACACACACCAGAGAACAAAGCUGGAAAUAACUAAUGAUUAUAAAAGUGUAAAUCUUACUGUGUUAUGAUGCAGUAAUGUGUGUUUUCUUUCCCUUUAGUUCCCCCUCUUAAAGAAACAGACGUUGGUAUUUCAGCAGCUCCCACAGAUAACAGAGGACGGAACCAUCAUUACUUGUGGAUCCUCGUUUUGCCCGGAUUGGUGUUACUGGGUCUCGGUGUGUACGCUCUGAAGAGGAGAAAUAAUAAAGUCUGAAGAGGAGAAGUGUAUUAGUGCUGAUCAUUAAGAACAAAAGGGGAUGUGCAGAUCAUGUGCCGAUGGCAACUACAGAGGA